AUGACUUCUAUACCUCAAGCAUUGAAGCCAACUACUGAGACCAGCGACAAGCUUACAGAGCUACUUUGGCAAGAUGCCUUGCGCCAUCUUGGAUCCACGAAUAAUGAAGUUCUACUUCCAAUAAAUGUCAUCGACAUGAUCGGCCAGACCAAUGUUAACAAGAUCAAGUCUCGCCUUGGUGCUCUCAUAGGUGCUUCAGUUGUGGCUUUCGCCGAUGAGUCAAUCAACGCUGUUCGUGUCAUGCGUACUCCAGCGUUUUCAGGCACAGCAAUAUCUGUAGCAUCCCAUGAGGUGCCAUGCGAAUCAAUCACAGCUCAUAUGAAGAAGCAUGAGCGGUCUUCUGUUACUGUUAAGGCUGCUAAGGUUCCUCGUCCGCCAAAUGCAUUUAUCCUGUACCGCCAACAUCAUCAUCCUAAGCUCAAGGAGGCUCACCCGAAUCUUUCAAAUAACGAGAUCUCUGUUAUUCUAGGGAAGCAGUGGAAGGCAGAAUCCGAGGAUAUCAGGGUCGAGUUCAGAGCCCUGGCCGAUGAGUUGAAGCGGAAGCAUGCAGAAGCUCAUCCCGACUACCAAUACACACCACGUAAACCAUCGGAAAAGAAGCGUCGAACAUCAUCUCGCCGAAAUUCCAAACAGACUGUAGAGAACAAGUCUCCAGAUCUCACGACGGCCAGCACCAUAUCAACAAGUCCGUCAAUCGACACAUAUGGGCCGAUAAACGAUAUGGGAAUUGAAGGAACGAUGAAUAUCUUUGCAGAAUACAAUAUGCCAGAGAUUUACCCCAGCGAAUUGAUAUGCAGCGACAUUAUGCCAAGCGAACUACCACUGUUAGCGGCCGAUCACUUCCAGUUAGACACGGAGACAUUGGGUUCGUUGAUCGGGCAGGUUCAUACAGACAUCGGAAAAGGAACAGGAGUGUAUGCCUCUCCAUCGGCCCAUGUCAACUUAACAGACCGACAUCUUGGCGAAACUGUCAACUUCUCAGAAUUUAUUUCCGAUCUUUAUUGA